AUGGCUAAGAAAUUCGUUGAAAAUAAAAACGAAGAACUACUACUGGCCACUCAAGCUAUCGAUUACACCGAAGAUGCCCGUAUGAAACGCCCAUCCCAAAGACCAAAUGAACAGCCGAAAACUUCGCGGACAAAAAAGAAAGUCUCGAACAAAUCUCGCAAAUUGGAUCUAGCCAAGCUUGCAGUCAAGCAGCAGGAAAAGAAACGACGACUAGCCCGAAAGACAUCGCACCAGGGAGAAAACGGCCUUUCGAAUGCGGAGGACUCGAGACCCAGGGAUAACAGGACGAACAUCAGCAGCAGCCGUUCGAAGGCCACUUUGUCAGAUACACAAUCCGCCCCCAAGCGACAAGUAAAACGAGUCGCUUUUGCAUAG